AUGAGCGGCAUGCAGCUCCCAGCAGGAUUCAGGCCCUCCGGACAGCCCGGGGGACAAGGCGGCGGACCAUCGCCUGCAGAGCGUGAAGCGGCAGAGGCCAGAGCGAGGCAGCAGGAUGAGAUGAAGAGGACUAUGAUCUCGGCUAUGCUUGAGCCCGCUGCGAGGGAAAGGCUGUCGAGAAUCUCCCUCACCCGACCACAACUCGCCUCUCAAGUAGAAACGAUCCUCGUGAAUAUGGGCCAGCAAGGGCAGAUCAGGGGGCAAGUGUCUGAUGAAGCCUUGAAGGGGCUUCUGGAGCAGGUUUCCAACCCGCCACCCGCAAAGAACACACCGGCUAUGCCGACCUCGGCCAGAACAAAAACUCUUGGGAAGGGCAUCACUAUCCAGAGGAAGAGGGACGACUCUGACUCUGACGAGUACGAUCUGUAA